AUGGCGCGGCCGGAGGCGAUCGUCGAAUACAGCUCCGAUGAUGACAGCGGCGAUGGCGAUCCUGCCCCGGCCGCUCGCGAUCAUGCCCCGCCCAGUGAUCGCGCCCUGGCCUUCGCCACGAUGGGCUUCACGGCGGAGCAAGCCUGUGCUGCAAUGCGCGUCCACGGCGACGACGCUCCGGACGAUGUGAUCAUCGACUACAUUCUUGCGAUGCAACACGAUGAACUAGACGAUAGCACUGGAAAUGAUCUCCUCCGCAGCAUGGGUUUUUCCACUCAAGACAUCGCUGAAGCUAUGAGCAGCUGCGGAAGUGGAGCGGCGAUUCAAACGAUCAUUGCGUAUAUAAUUGAGCAUGGAUCUGGCGCUCAGCCGGACGAGGAUAUGACUGCGUUAGAUACAUUGACGACACUCGGCUACAGCUACGAGCAGGCGUCACAAGCAAUUGCAUCGUGUGGGGCGGAGGACAUCGAUGUUCUUGUCGAUUUCCUCGCAGCUCGCGACUUCGACGCGUUCGAGGACGAUCUGGAGGUAGCAGUUCCCCGGAGGAGAAAACGAGCGCGGGUGGAACAUCACUCUCGUCCACUGAACGGUUUUGGCUCGCCGGACGAGACUCUGGAACGUCACUCUCGUCGACUGAAAGGUUUCGGCUUGCCGGCCGAGACUCCCAUUCCCAGGAGCCAUUUUUCAGUUUCUCGUAGAGCAAGAGGAUACAUCCACAACCUCCCGCUCGAGAACAGGCAGCUGAUUCUCCCGAUUCCACCAAAGACCAUUCGAGAGUUCCUGCCAGCGACGGUGCAGUACACACCCGCCUGGGACACCCGGCAGCAGCUGAACUGCAUCAACACCUGCGGGAACACAGCGUCCUUCUGCCGCAACGUCCAAAGGUUGAUGGCCGCGGGCGAGCCGUCGGAGGAAGCAAAGAAGACCAUCAUGUCGCUCGUCAGGAGGUGGAACUUGGUGUGGACGGGGCCGGGGACGUGCUCGCCGCUGGAAGCACACGAGAUCGAGCAAGCGCUUGGCUACGAGCGCGGACACACGCGAGGAGCGAUCACGAUCAACGAGCGCUUCAAGUCGCUCGGCAACACAUUCCAAGUGGACGUAGUCGGCUUCCACCUCUCGGCGCUCCGUCCGCUCUUCCCCGACGGCAUCCGGAUGCUCUCGCUCUUCUCGGGCAUCGGCGGCGCGGAGGUGGCGCUGCAUCGAGCCGGGAUCAAGCUAAAGUUCGUGGUGUGCGUGGAGUCCAACGUCGAUAACAGGAGGAUCUUGGAGAGGUGGUGGUCGACGUCGGGGCAGACUGGACAGCACCGGAUCCUCGACGACGUCCAGGACUUGACGAUGGCGGUGGUGGCUCGGCUCAUGGAGGAGAGUGGUGGAUUCGAUCUCGUCAUUGGCGGCUCUCCCUGCAACAAUCUCACCGGGAACAACAGGUCGUCGAGGACGGGGUUGGGAGGCGAGCACUCGGUGCUGUUCUUCGAGUUCUCGAGGAUUUUGAACCUGGAUAGGAACACUCACUGA